CUGUUUGAACUCACCGUCUUUAGUCUUAACCAAAGUCAAUUUCUCCUUGUAGAAAGACUUUCCUUUCUUACUUUGAACCCGUCAACCAAGUAAUUUAAACCGUUGAUCUUUCUGAUUUUGGCUUCUAUCCGCCUCCCAUUUUGUUUUUUUUUUUUCUUGUCUUGCUUUUCUUGAUCUCUUCCCUUAGCUCAUAUCCUAACUUUGAUCUCCAUUUUCAUGGGUUUUGCGGUUUCUUUUAAACCGCUAAAACCUUUGAUUCCAGUUGCGGCAAGGGGAGAGCUCAGUGUUAAAAAAUUGUUCUUUGAGGUUUUUGGCACUUAACCUUUUACUUAUUCAGCGUCUUCGGAAAUGGGUUGCUGUUACUUUUUGCUGUUUGAUUGUGCAUGAAUUUGAAGUUUUUUUUUUUUUUUCUUGAUGCUUCUUUGAAGAGAGCAACUUUGUUUGUUCCAUGGCUAAUAACAGGAAUUCCCGUUUGAAAGAUGCAGCUUUUAAACGUUUCUUGUGUGUAGUUUUAGUUACUAUGUUAGGGGUUUCACUUUUGAUAGUGUCUCUUAGGACCAAUACAACACCAGCUUCAAAUGGAUUAGAUGAAGAUUUAAGUGAACCUAUCGAUAUUCAGAGCUUUAGUGAAAAACUCAACCUUCCUAAACAGAAUGAAUUUUCAAUUCGAUUGGAAAAACAAAACCGGUUGCCCCCUAGGAAUAUAGAUCUGUAUCCCAAGUUAGCUAAAGAUCAUAUAACUAUUGUUUUAUACGUGCAUAAUCGACCUCAAUAUCUUCAAGUAGUUGUUAAGAGCUUGUCCAAGGUUGUGGGGAUAAGUGAAACUUUAUUGAUAGUUAGCCAUGAUGGAUACUUUGAAGAAAUGAAUAACAUUGUGGAAGGGAUCAAAUUUUGCCAAGUUAAACAGAUAUUUGCUCCUUAUUCGCCCCAUGUGUUUACUGACAGUUUUCCUGGUGUGUCACCGAAUGAUUGUAAGGAAAAGGAUGAUAGAUGGAAAAAACCUUGUAUUGGGAAUCCUGAUCAGUAUGGAAACCAUCGGUCUCCAAAGAUAGUUUCUUUGAAGCAUCAUUGGUGGUGGAUGAUGAACACUGUGUGGGAUGGAUUGCAGGAGACCAGAGGGCAUGAUGGACAUAUUCUUUUCAUAGAAGAGGAUCACUUCAUUUAUCCCAAUGCAUAUCGCAACUUACAGCUUCUUGUAUCACUGAAGCCUAACAAAUGCCCAGAUUGCUAUGCUGCAAAUCUUGCACCUUGUGAUGUGAAUUCAAGAGGAGAAGGAUGGGAUAGUUUGAUUGCAGAGAGAAUGGGAAAUGUGGGUUAUGCCUUCAAUCGGACUGUUUGGAGAAAAAUUCAUAGGAAAGCUAAAGAGUUUUGCUUCUUUGACGAUUACAACUGGGAUAUAACAAUGUGGGCAACUGUCUAUCCUUCAUUUGGGCUAGGUCCAGUGUACACAUUGCGAGGUCCAAGGACUAGUGCAGUUCACUUUGGGAAGUGUGGUUUGCAUCAGGGUCAAGGGCAGAGUAAUGCUUGCAUUGAUAAUGGAUUAGUGAACCUUCAAGUAGAUGACAUUGAUAAGGUUGCUAAUAUCAGAUCAGAAUGGGAUGUGCAUGUGUAUCACAAUCAACCAGGGUAUAAAGCUGGUUUUAAGGGUUGGGGUGGCUGGGGGGAUGACAGAGAUCGUCUACUGUGCUUGAAUUUUGCUCAAAUGUACCAUUCAUGUAGCACUUCUUCAGCUGUGAUGAAUUGAGACUUCAGCAUCUCAGUUUUCUCACUGUUGCAACUGGGUUAAUGGAAAAAGAUUUAGAAGAGCUGCAAAGAUGGUGAUGAUGAUGAACUAGAUCUAUCAAGGACCAAAGAACAAAGGAGGUGUUGGAAUUUAAAUACACUGACACUCAUAUCAAUUGUAUGUUCUAACGUUCCGACAUUCAAAUUAAUUGUAUGCUUUCAAUUGUAUGCUCUAACGUUCCGACAUUCAAAUUAAUUGUAUGCUUGAGAAGAAGAAAACGAGGGAACAUGAUGCAGACAGUUGUAAAUGAGAAUAAUAUGACCCAAGGGUUUUGAGCCUUGCACUUGGGAUCAUGCGUGCUGGCUAAUGUCUUCAUCAACCAAGAUUUGUUUUUGUCUAAUUUGAUAUGGAGGUUAAGGUUAAGGUCUUGUUUUGUGUCUAUCCCAUAAUUAUUAAUUUUGUUUCGAUGUCCAUUAUAACAGUUGAUACACUCUAAUUAUAUUAAAAUGUGAUACAUU